AUGGAUAGAGUGUCUAAGUGGAGCGCCGGAGUUGAUGAGACUUGUGUGCUCUGCAAAAACGCAGCCGAGACCCGGGAUCAUUUGUUUUUUAAAUGCCCGUUCUCUUCACAGAUUUGGAUGGAUAUUUCUCACGGCAUUCUACAAGGUUCCUAUACGACAACAUGGAGUGCACUUCAGGUGAUUGUCUCUGAUCAGAGACUGGAGGCGAAAAAGCUCUAUUGUAUCAGAUAUGCAUUUCAGUGUGCUAUUCAUGUUAUAUGGAGAGAACGGAACAAGAGGAGGCAUGGGGAGGAUCCAACUAUGCCAAGAGUCCUUGCGAAGUUUAUUGAUAAAAGUAUAAGGAACAAGUUGAGAUUAGUAACUGCUUUGGGAGGAAAGUUUACGGGCAUUCUAUCUUACUGGUUUGGAAGUAGAGACAUUGGAUAA